AUGGGCAGAAAUACCAGCGCGAAGAGUCGACCGUUAGUAAUUGAACUAAUUAUUAAGCGAAUGGUUAAGUACCUUCUCAAAAACAGCCAAUGCUUUCAAGGAACUGGAUUAUUUAUUGCCGAAUUUCUAGACAACACUGUGAGAAAGGAAAGGGCACAACUCCGAGAAGAGCUAUUUGCGGCACGCCAAAAGGGCCUGCGUGCAAUAAUAAGGAAUAAGCAACUGUAUAUAAAAGGUAAACUUACACAUCCUAAUAAUUUUAAUAAUAACACCAAUAAAGACCCACACACUAAUAGUCGAGAACUUUCGAGCACAAUGCCACCCAACAUCACCAACCCACCGUGUAAUGAAAAUACGCCAGAUGAACAAGAAAUCAAUACACUUCGCAAAGAAAGACCCACCAUUUAA